AUGCCAACAAUAGAUUACGAGCCAAAAUUGGAUUUCAAGGAUGUUCUUUUGCGGCCGAAACGAUCUACAUUAAAGAGUCGAGCGGAUGUUGACCUUGUUCGUGAAAUUACAUUCCGGAACUCGAAAAAACAGUAUGUUGGCAUACCAAUCGCUGCAGCGAAUAUGGACACUGUUGGAACAUUUGAAGUGGCGGAAGCUCUUUCCCAAAAAAAGCUUUUUACAGUUAUACAUAAACACUAUUCAGUCGAUGAAUGGGUGGAAUUUGCAAAUAAAACAGGUUCGAAAGAGGCAUUAGCACAUAUGGGUAUUUCAUCUGGAAUAUCUGACUGUGAUUUUGCAAAAUUAAAAAAAGUUUGUGAAAGAAUAUCCGAUUUGCAAUACAUUUGCCUUGAUGUUGCGAAUGGUUAUUCGGAAGUGUUUGUAAAUUUUGUACGAAAAGUUCGCGAAGAAUUUCCUCGGCACACAAUAUUUGCUGGGAAUGUGGUGACAGGCGAAAUGACUGAAGAACUAAUUCUCUCAGGCGCUGAUGUUGUAAAGGUGGGUCUGGGUCCCGGUUCAGUUUGUACGACGCGGAAGAAAACUGGAGUUGGUUAUCCACAACUGAGUGCUGUGCUGGAAUGUGCUGAUGCUUCACAUGGUUUGAACGGACAUGUAAUGAGCGAUGGAGGAUGCACAAAUCCUGGGGAUGUUGCGAAGGCAUUUGGUGCCGGCGCUGAUUUCGUGAUGAUCGGAGGCCUUUUUGCUGGACAUGAUCAGUGUGGUGGUGAUGCUAUUGUGAAGAAUGGACAGAAAUACAAAUUGUUCUACGGAAUGGCUUCUGAUAUAGCGAUGAAAAAAUACCAUGGAAGCGUCGCAGAAUAUCGCGCUUCGGAAGGCAAGGCAAUAACCAUUCCAUGGAGGCAAGUAGGUAAUAUUUCGGAAACAGUACAAGAUUUACUAGGUGGACUACGAUCAGCUUGCACAUAUACCGGUGCGAAGAAAUUAAAAGAGCUACCAAAACGGGCAACUUUUAUUCGUGUUACACAGCAAACAAAUGAACAAUACAGAGCAUUUGAAAUACCUGCAUCAGAAUUACAAAAAUUAGAAAUUAAAAUCUGA